AUGGAGGUGAGUCCCUCGGCCGUGCACUCCGGCUCGCCAAGGGGCCCUGCGGCCGCUGCGCUUCGGCUCCCGACUUUCCGCGGCGCCUUGCGAGCAGGGCUGAGCAGCAGCCCGAGGCAGCGUUCUCCGCCGCGCCUCCCCCCGGAUUCCGCCCCUUUUCUCCGCUCUCUCGGAUCGGCCGGGCGCGAGAGCAGCAGCGGGAGCCGCCGGGGAAAGUUUCGCCCGGACGGGAGGGCGUGUGGGGCGGCCGGGCGGGGCCUGCCGAGCGCGCCGGGGUGUGGAGAGGCUCCCUCCCCUCCAACACUCCGCCUCCCCGGCGCACCAGCGGCCGCUCUCCGCCUGCCAGUCGCGCUCCCGCGGGCUUCGGAGCGGUCCCCGCUUUGGCUCGGAGGGGGCCUUGCCGAGGCGAGGAAGCGGCGAGCGGGUCGGGAGGGGCGGCGGGACGGCACCCGGCCUCGUUCAGGCCCGGAUCCCCUUUUCAGCGCGGAGCCCUCCGAGACUUUGGACCCUGAAGCUACGUGCCUGAGAAGCAGCCCAAGGCUUCCCCACACCACACGCCUCCGGUGUCUUGAGAGGCAGUGUUACACAGUGGUUAAAGUGUCAGCUCAGGAGACCCAGGUUCGAAUCCCUGCUUGCCAUGGAAGCUCUCUGGGUGACCUUAGGCUCCUUACUCUCUUUCACCCUAACUUACUUCACAGGUUUGCCACUGUACGGGUAAAAGGGAGGAUGGGAGAAUGUUGUAAGCCGUAUCGAGCCCCUGCUGUGGAGAAAAGCAUAGUGUGAUUAAAUAAAUAAAUACA